AAGAAUUUUAUUUAAAAAUUAAAAAAUGACCAAUGAGCACAUAGCAUUUAUAUGCUGUUUUGCCCUGGUCAGAUCGCUAUGGAAAAAAAAAGGAAAGAAAAACCCUUUUGGGAUAAAAGGGAAAAUGUUAAAGUGUAUGUAUAAGUGAUAAUAAUUAACUAUCAAAAAUUCGUUGUUGUAUUGAAAGAAGAUGAUGGUCAGAGGAUUUAGGGAUUUGGGAGUGAAGCUAGAUAAUCCAUCUCCAAGCAGAAUUGCACAUAUAUAGAAGGCCAGCAUAUGAGCCAGGCAUUAAUUGAUUUUCUCACUUUCUUAGUAUGGAAUGUUGAUGGUAAUAGAUUCAAGAGAAAAGAGAGUGGAUCUUCAAUAGAUUUGGGGCAUUUGAAGGCGGUUAUGCACACACUUUAUAAAGAAGACAAAGCAGAUGACGUCGGUACAAGCCGAAAACGACAAAGUUCAGAAACCAAAAAUAUCAAGAUACAAGCAAAGCGGCAGCGGGUAGAAGUGGAUUCAAACAAAAAAUGUAGAUCUUAUGGUAGCAUCAGUCAUAAAUCAAAACGUUCUCCUGAUUGCUCUCAACAUAUACUUAGUAAACUAGAGGUUCUUACCGAAAACUUGGGGACAGGGUUUCAAACGUUCACCAGAAAACUUCCACUUGAUACCUGUGUAAAUGAUCGGUACAGAAGUGUACUUAAAAAUAGGAUUCUCUCUGCUAUAAAGCUGGCUAGUGGCAACACUCAAUGUCUAACAGAAGCGUAUGUUGAAGUAUCUGUUGCAUACCUGAAUGUGAUUGUAGAAACGUUUGAAAAGAGAGUGUUGUACUACUUGUAUUUCUUGAUUCAAAAUAUGUUAUUGACAAGAUAA